AUGGAAAAACAAUUUCAACAACUUAUCAUCGAUGAUGCUUCACGUAGCAAAACUAUGAUAAAUCAAAAUUGGUUUAAACAAAAAUCAAAAUUUGGUAAUGCAUUCCAGGAAACUAGAAUGCUAAUUAAUGAAAGAAUAAAUGAAUUAGAGACACGUUACGAGGAAUUAAGCAAUAAACGAAAUAAUUUGGAUGAUAAUAAAACAGAAGAAAAAAUUGAAAUGAAUUUUGAAAUGGAUGAAGUAAAAGAUCAACUUAUGAUUAUGUAUCAUUUAAAUAAGGUGCAAAUGUCUGACGUGAAGAAAAUUCGGCGAAAAAUGGAUAAAGAACGAAAGAAAAAUAAAAAAAAUUUUAUUAAACGAAUGGAAGAUUAUCAACAUUAUAAAGGAUUGCUACAAUUGAUGCAAAAUUGUGAAGUGAGAGAAGCAUUUCGUACAAAAACAAGCGGUGCAAUUAGAUUAACAGAAAAUGAAUUGGACUAUUUGCAUUGGCUAAAUGAAGAAAUUAAUCCAUCAAUUAAUUUGGUUGAAAAUAAUUACAUUUGGCGCAAGAGAGUACGUGAAAGUGCCUUGAAAGCAAUGGAAAUUAUAUUUGGCACAAAUAAAACAAUCAAUGAUUGUUGGACUGGUAAUAAUACGAAACGCUUAUUGGAUCGUAUUAGUAAGUGUGAUUUUUUCAAAGGUCGCACAAUGUGGGUUAAUAUGGCAAUGUUUAAUCGAAUUAAUGAAAGCUCAUUUCCAAUUUUGGGAUCAUAUCCAUAUCCUUAUUAUAAUAAUGAGCAUACAUAUUAUCAAUUUAAUCCUGAAAUGGAAUCAAAUAUCAAAACUUCAAACGAUAAUGAUCAAAGAUUAAGCAGUAAUUCUGCUAGUAAUUCAACUACUCAGCAAAAGAAUACACAAGCAAAAAAAGAAAAUUAUAAAUUCAUAAAAAGAAGCAAUAAACCAGAUGAUUACUAUCUUUGCUUCAAUUAUUAUCCUGCUCGUUUCACUGCAGAUGUUAAUGUACCAUCAGAAUUAGCUGGACGACCACCACCAGGAAUACUUCGUUGUGAUUUUUAA